ACUUGCUCUUCGGGGGCUCAGCGCAGCCGCACGUCGGCCACGCGCAGGAGCCGCCGUUCUUCUCGGUAGUAGCGCACUUUACGGUGUCAGACAUUGUGUUCGAGGAUGUGAUAGUAGUCGAAGACUGGGGAUGCGACGGUCCCCUCGACGCUCUUUUAUAGCGAGGAUUGGGUCCUCAUCGGAUGCUAUCGCUCAGUUAUUGGGCUCCAUUUAUCUUCCCAAUCGCAGCGAUCAGGUAUGUCGCCAACGCUAUUCCCUACACCUCACGAUCAGCACCUCUCACCUCCGGACCGACGCAUAGCCGUAUUGUUCGACGCUCCUGGGGAUGUUGUAUGCCUCCGCGUCGGGGGGUGGUGACGUCGGCCGUCGACGCUAACCUGACCAUCGAUCGCAGCUGCGCACUAGGAGGCAAGUUCUACAGGCGAUGCAAGUCGUGUAGCUGGAGCAGAGGACCCACCUCGCAUGGUACCCAAUGGAAACAAUGUCUUUGGUCAACCUCCGUCGACGACCAAGGGGAACGUGAUUCUACACCUCCCGUUUGUCCACGAGUUCGAUGCAUUCCGUGAGAGUAUUGCCCACGGAACGUAACCUUCUCCAUCUACGAAGAUGUGAGUACCUGACCUUCAGGUAGCGCCAUCACUUCCAACGGUACAACUCCGUCGCGUUGAAUUGCGACCCCACAGCGCGGAGACACCUGUGCAACGUGCUGGCCAAUAGAGCAGCGAUGAUAACGCCAGUUGCAUAGCAUGGUUGGGGAACAGCCGCGCCUGGACGAAGGGGCGAAUGGUCGCCCGUGCAUUUGGUGACGCCCGGCUCGGAGCCCGGCUU